AUGACUGCACCUUACGUCACACCUGGUGCUGUUGCGGGCUUUGACUUCGCUGGUGUUGUAGAAAUGGUUGGGCCUGACGCGACAAAAUGCGACAUACGCGUCGGAGACCGCGUCUGCACAGCAAUCAUGGGAAUGAACCCUCUAGACCCCACAGUCGCCAUUCAGCUCGUCAAACUGGCAGGGUUUGCACCAAUAACAACAUGUUCGCCCCGCAACUUCGAGCUGGUCAAAUCAUACGGCGCUAGUGCCAUAUUCGACUACAACGACCCAGACUGUAUCUCAGAUAUCAAGAAGCACACCAAGAACAAUAUUCGGUAUGCUUUGAAUUGUAUCUUUACUACCCAGAACAUGCAGUUCUGUUACCAGGCUAUUGGUCGUCCUGGUGGCAAGUACACUGCUCUAGAGCCUUACUCGGAAGCUAUAGCUGGCACCCGGAAGAUAGUCUAG